UUACUGAAAUGAGGAACAAAUGCUUUCGAAAGUUCUAUCCAGAUCAAGAAGAUUUCAAGACUAUCAAGAAAGAAUUUGCUGAUUUUGCUCUUUUCAUGAAUGCCUUUGAAAAUCCAGAUUCUAUUGAAGAUAGAGUUGACUUUGAACCUAAGCAAUGGUGGGUCACUCAUGGAGUAAGCACAAGGUUGUUAAAAAAAUUAGCCUUGAAGGUUCUUGGGCAGCCAGCAUCUUCCUCUUGUUGUGAGAGGAACUGGAGUACGUACGGCUUCAUCCAUAGUGUUGCAAGAAACAAGCUUACUCCUGCUCGAGCUGCUGAUUUGGUGUUCACACACAACAACCACCGCUUGCUUUCAAGGAAUUCUCAAGCAUAUCUAACUGGGCCAAGCAGAAUGUGGGACAUUGAGGGAGAUGGAGUAGAAAGUUUUGGUGGUGUGGGCAUGCUUGAAGGUGCAAAUCUUUCACUUGAUGAACCAGAUUUGGAGGAGGAGAUAAUAGAUUCUCUCACUUGAGUCUCUUUAUCCA